AUGUCCAGAAAUAAACUGCUGAUUGCCACAGCUGUUGCGGCAAGUGGCUCCGGAGUGGCUUUGAUCCUCUACCUAGUGUUCAGAGGAGAUGAGCGGGACAACCCCUUCCGAGAGUUCUUAAGAUCCCAUCCGCCCGCAACUGGCAAAAGGUCUUCGAAAGAAAAACGAAAGAUGUUGCGACAUCAUCUGCGCGGCUCCAAUUUGGACAAGGUGCCUCGACACUUCGAUGUCAUCUGCAUUGGAUCUGGACUGGGAUCACUCACCACAGCUGCCAUGCUGGCCAAAACAGGUCGUUCAGUUUUGGUGUUGGAACAGCAUGCAAAAGUAGGAGGGAGCUGCCACACCUUCGUUGAAGGUCCCUUCGAGUUCGACACGGGACUCCACUACGUCGGCAACCUCGGAUUCUCAUCAUCCAACUUCAAACUCCUCGAACAACUCACCGAAGGCCAGCUCACCUGGGCUAAGAUGGAAUCGUGUUUCGACGAACUAGUCUUCGGAGAUCUUCAAAGUCAGCACGACGACUUGAGACGAUUCUCCAUCCAUGGGGGAUACGAUAAGUGGAAGAAACACAUGCUUGAACUGUUUCCAGAUGAAGAAAACGCCAUCAAUCAAUACCUUAAGCUGAUUAGAUUCAUCAAGUACAUGAAAAUAUACUUCUGGGCUCUAAAAACAGCGCCAAAAUGGAUCGCACAAUUUUUGGUCUCGCUGAAGAUUUUGCCCCCGAAAAGUUACAGAGAGAAGUAUUUUUACACUUCGGCAAAACAAGUUAUUGAAAGUUUGACUGAUAACGAAGAUUUACGAGCGUGUUUACUGUACAACUGGGCAGGAAUUGCAGCGCCUCCGGGCGAAACGCCCCUUUAUGCCCUAACUACAGUUUCAGAUCAUUUUGUAUCAGACGGUGCCUUUUAUCCCGUAGGGGGGCCUUCAAUUUUACCCUUCUAUUUGACUCAAACUAUCAUUAAAAACGGGGGUCAUUUUUUCACAAAGGCUAACGUGAGCGAAAUUUUAGUUCGUAAGACGAAAAAAGAUUCCCUCGAAGCGUAUGGAGUGCUUGUUAAAUAUGGAAGCGGAACGAACACUGCCGCUCAAUACGAAGCCGACUUGAUCGUCUCGGGUGUCGGAUUACACAACACUUAUCUCGAUCUCGUGCCUCGUUACGUAUUAGACGAUUUCUGUCCUAGUGCAAAGUGGCUUUUAGAAGAAGGAUCGCCAAGCAUAAGUUAUUUCAACAUUUUCGUCGGCUUAGACAGCGGCGAUAAAGAACUGAUUUUGCCGUCUCGUAACUUUUGGGUUUUCAAUGGCCCGAAUUACGACGAGCUUUACCAGUCCUGGAUUUCGGAGCCUGAUCCAUUCGAGGCCCUGGAAAAGUUUGGGAUUCCGGUUAUGUUCGUUACUUUUCCUUCGGCUAAAGAUGCGACUAUCAAUUCGGCAAAUAAGAAGGGUUCGCAAACUUGCGUAGCGGUGACACUAGCGCCAUAUGAGUGGUUCAAAAUUUGGGACAACUGCCCGCAACGCAAGGCUGACCGAAACUACGAGAAACUAAAAGACGCAUUCGCGAGAAAAAUGUGGAAACGAAUUUUGCAAGUGUUUCCGUAUUUGCAAGGUAAACGGAAACUGUUAAUUGUCGGCUCCCCAGUGACUCAUAACUAUUACCUGAAAAUGCACAAAGGUCAAAUCAACGGCAUUCAGCAUAACAUGGCUCGGUUUACAGAAAACUUCACAAUCCAAUGUCGAGCAAAAACUGAAAUCAAAAAUUUAUUCAUGACCGGCCAAGACACAGUUUUUUGUGGCGCUUCCGGAAGUUUAACAGCAGCCAUGUUUACAACAUCGGCUAUUUUGGGGAGAAAUGUUCAUAGAGAUUUGAAUAAACUGUACAAAAAAAGUGUGUGA